UCCAAAAGUAGAAUUGUGCUGCGGACUGUAGAAUGUGGGAAUUUUUUUUACCAUUAGUAAGUAUGGUUUAAACAAAAACAAGUCGUCGUUAGCUGAGGAAAACUACUGUCCAAGAUGUCUAGUCAUGCUAAGAUGAAGAAGAAGAAGAAGUUCAGGGUUAUGAGCCAGAAAGUUAAAGUCUUUCGCUCCAAAAAUCCGCUUCUCAGUGUUUUGAUGUGGGGAGUCAGUCAUUCGAUCAACGAACUCUCGCAUGUGAAUAAUCCAGCCAUGCUAAUGCCAGACGACUUUAAAGCGUUCACAAAACUUCGCGUGGACAAUCACCUCUUCAACAAAGAAAAUUUUCCAAGCCAUUUCAAGUUCAAAGAAUACUGUCCUUUAGUCUUCAGACAGCUUCGGGAACGUUUUGGUAUUGAUGACAGCCAUUAUGCCGCUUCCUUUCAGAGUCCUCCCUUAGUCAUGCCCUCACCUGGUCGAAGUGGUGCCAAAUUCUUUAUUUCCAAAGACAAAAGGUUCUAUGUGAAAACAAUAGAGAGUGAAGAUAUUGAAAGACUUCACAACAUUCUUCCACAGUACCAUCAUUAUAUUGUUGAGAAACAUGCCAAAACACUGUUGCCCCAGUACUUGGCUGUGUACCGGAUCACAGUGGAUAACAAGGAGACCUACCUUUUAGUAAUGAAGAGUGUGUUUAGUUCUAAGUUUAAAAUUCACAAGAAGUAUGACUUAAAAGGUUCUACAGUUGACAGACAAGCAAGUACUAAAGAAAAGACAAAAGAAAAUCCUACAUUCAAGGACAAUGAUUUCACAAAAGAUAAUGCAAAACUUCGUAUUGGGGAUGAAGUGAAGAAAGACUUACUACAAAGAGUCAAGGAUGAUGUUGAGUUUUUGACAAGUCUUAACAUCAUGGACUAUAGCUUGCUGGUAGGAAUUCAUGAUGCUGAUCUUGCGGAGGCAGGAAAUGAUGUGGAUGAUUUUCUGGGGGGUGUAGACAGUAAUGAAGAUAGCGAGCCAGAGUCUCCUCGUGAAGGUGACUCACCCCAGGAAUCUGACUCCCCGGGUGAGGCAGAGAUGCUGUACUCUGAUACACCUCCAACAACUCCUCCUGCUAACUGUGAUGAUCACAGAGAGAGAAAUAUCAGCUAUGGAAGCACUGAUCUUGAUAUGAGAGAGGAUGAGGAUGACACAGAGGGCUUUCAAAGUGUAGAUGAAAACAGACGCGAGUGUUAUUACCUUGGUAUCAUAGAUGUGCUAACAUUUUAUGGUGCUGGAAAAAAGGCUGCUCAUGCUGCGAAAACUGUUAAACAUGGGAUUGCUGCAGUUCAGUGGCGAGCUAGUGUGAGGCAAAUGAGGGCAAAUGGCGAGCAACGUGAAAACUUCUGGCUAACAUCUCCUAGGGCAGGAGCAGAAAUUUCUACAAUAAAACCGGAAAAUUAUGCAAGGAGAUUCCUGGAGUUAAUGGAGAGAAUAUUCGAAUAGAUGUAUUAAGAGUAAUUUUUAAGCAAAAAUAUGCAGUACGUACACAAAUGUACAAUCAACUAGUCAAUCACUAGCAUUGUCAACCCUUUGAAAUCCAAAGCUCCAAAAUGUAAAAAUUAAAUUUAAUUGUUAUUUUUAAUUUUAUGACUUAUCACAGUUGCAAAUAUUAAUUUUCAUAUUCAGAUUACAUCUAUUAUUUUGUUGUUUUUCUUUUGACACCUUUAAAAUUGUUAACUAAAACAAUCCUUUCAUAAUGUAGUUGGGAGGGGGUUUAUUAUAUUUUCUAGCUGUUAUUUGACCCCUUCUGUAACAACUGGUUUUAGCAUUGGCAUUUUCACUUAGUUAGAAGUAGAUUGUUAAUAAAAUCAUUACUUUUAUCUGCUAGGAAAAAUUUUAUCUCGGUCAGAAGUAGUUGUUCUACUAAAUGCAAAGAAUGGUGAAUAAUUUUUUUCAUGUGACACAUAUGAGUUAACAUACUCUUGCCAAAAUGUUUUAAGGAUUGCGUUAGUUUUCUUAAUUUAUUCACCUAUGGAGGUUAUAUUGUUUUGAUCCAAUGAUGAAACAAUCUGUUUUCCUACGUGAGAGGAGGAAUUUUCCCAAGAUCCAAAUACAGUUAAUUUAAGGGUGAUCACAACACAAGUUAAAUCUCAAGUUUAAAUCAGUUAUAGAUGAGUUUCUUUUCUUGACCAGCCAACUUUAAUGCCUACUGGAGCAGGUUUGCUUCAAGUGCAGUUUCUUAAAAGAAGCUGCAGUGGUUUUGGUGCAAGGGGGAGGUAGGGGAGCAAUAGAUUGCAAUUGUUAAAACUUGAGGGGGUCUUAUGGACUUGUGUCAGUGUACCACUAUAAUUUUAUCUGAUAUAUCUCUAACCUUUCUUUAAUGAAAUGUGUGUUAUCCCAACUAAUUUAUUUCUCCCAAAUUAUUUUACACUGAACAUUCUGGAUGAAAAGACUAGAUGAAAAUAUCUAAAUUUUAAAUGAUCAGUUGCCUUUUUCAGCUCUCUUUAAUCUCUACAGGUUAAUUUGGGUAUUUUUCUCUUUUUAUACUAAAUAUUUCAAUUUCAAGUUUAUUAUGGCCCUGGCACAAUCGUACACAGAAGACAUUUGCAGGGUUUCCCUUAAUCUGAGGUUAAUCUAUUUUCCCAUUUCAGUGAGAAUAUGACCUACUAGUACAUUUACAAUGACUCUAGCUCAGGUUUUACAUUUCAGGCACUUGCUAGCCAGUAUUUAAGCCUUUUUCUUAAUGUUAAGAUUUUAACUAUAAUAUUUUGUCCUUCAUGUUUCGGUUUAGAAAAAAAUUGUGUAACUUGACACCAACGUAUUUGAGAGCCCCUAUUCUGAUGUUUUUUAAUAAACCACUCUUUCUUUGGUUUUGAAACUCAGUGUUCCUUGGUCUUUUUAAGGUUUCAAAAUAUAUUUAUUCACUGGAUGUUUUGAUCUUGAUAAAAUUAACUUUUUAACUGGUAAACUUCAAGCAGUACUGUAUGCAUCAUCAAAAGGGAAUUUCCUAUUGUUGAAAUAUUUGUUAAAAUGUACAAAAAAAACAAUUUCUGAUGCUUGUAAGUGCUUCUUAAAUCUUAAUAAACAUUUCUUUUAGUAUGA